AUGGGAGAAUUGAUGGAAGCUGUAAGGCCAUACCAUGAUAUAACCUUCAUAUCAGACAGACAAAAGGGUUUAGUAGAAACCUUUGAUUCACUUAUGGAAAGGUCAGAUCACAGGUUUUGUGUGAGACAUCUUUAUGAGAAUUUUAAGCUGAGGUUCAAAGGCCAGCAACUAAAGAUAGAAUUGUGGGAAGCUGCAAUGGCAUACACUGAAGCACAAUUUCAACAACAUAUGAGAAAAAUCAGAGACUUGAAUGUUGAAGCUUAUGAUUGGUUAACAAAGGUGCCAGCUAAAUCGUGGGCAAGGUCAUCCUUCACUGAAACUUCAAAAAAUGAUGUGCUCAUUAAUAACAUUUGUGAAAGUUGGAAUGCUGCAUUGAACAAAGUCAAACAGCAAACGACCAUGUGUAAAGUUCAUUAUGCUGGUGAGAAUAAGUAUGGGGUGCAAUGUUAUGGCAUCAGUGAGGCAGUUGACAUUGAUAAAAGAAGUUGCAGCUGUAAAGUUUGGAACUUGACUGGUAUCCCAUGUAGGCAUGCUGUGGCAUGUAUUUUCAUUAAGAGAGACUCUCCUGAGGUAUGUGUUUACCCAUUUUAUCAGAGGGAAACCUAUAUGAAGUGUUAUAGUGGCAUGAUCCUUCCUAUUCCAAUGGAAAGGUUAAUGAAAACUAACACCAUUGACCCAUUACUUCCACCACAUUAUAGGAAACCCAUUUGUACGCCAAAAAAGGCUAGAAAGAAGAAGAAUGAUGAUCCCAAAGGUUCAACCAAGCUUAGCAGGAGGUCAAUGGUUGGUCUAAAAUGUACCAGGUGCAAAGAGAAUGGGCACAACUCAAGGACUUGCAAAUUACCUGAGCCUUUGGUAAUUGACAGACCUCCACCAAGAAGGGGAGGUAGACCACCAACUGUUGGAAGAGGGGGAGCAAGAGGACCUACUGGGAUGCCACUAAGAGGAAGAGGAAGAAAGGCUGGAAGAAGGAGAGAGAGAAGAGUUGAAGUUCCUGCUCCAACACCUUCAAACCAAGAGGUUCAAAAUAUACCAUAUUCUCAGCUGUAA